AUGGAUGACCACAGCCUUGUGAAGAUUGUCAGGGAAAGCCGAUUCAAGAACUUGGGAGAGCUUCAGAAGGAGUGUAAUGAAGCCAUAGUCCGUGCAUCAAGAGUCUGGAGUCUGGAGCAAGACCUGAGAGGCACGAGAAUCCAAAGAUUAUCGUCCGUGUCUGAGGAGAGUGUAGAGAGCCAGUUGAGUGUCAUGGAGGCCCCUCCUGUGGAGCAGAGCUCGACAGUUUCAGAAAAGCAUGCCAGCAAGAGGAAGAAGAACAUAAUUUCAUGUUUCUUCAAGAAAGUACGUAAGGCUGUGAAGCUUCCCAUCUGCUCCAAGAACACAGUGGACUGUCUACCACAGCAGGACCCACAGUUUGACAACUCUACACCUAGCCUGGAAGGGGCUUCAGCUUGCCUGAAACUAAAGACAGCAUCCAGAUUAGAUGACUCUAUACCUAAUGUCAUCAAUGAGGGCAGUACAGACAGACCGAAAUUGGAGGCUUCAGUUACAAAAAAGGGUACAGAAGAACGUAGGAAGAGGAGAGGAAUCCACUCUUUCUUCAAGAGUGUGUGGAAGGCUAUGAAAAAGCCUUUCUGCUGCCAGAACAAAGUGGAGCCUUUUGUGCCUCCACCAGAACUGGAUGAUCCUGAGCUGUCACCUGUCCCAGAGCCUUCAGACUGCGUCCCAACUAAUGAAUCCAUUAGCACUCGCUAUAUAGUGCAAAAUAUUAUUGGAGAAGGAGGCUAUGGCAAAGUGUAUGAGGGAAUCCGUAUUUCCGAUGGCAAAAAGGUUGCCAUCAAACGUAUUAAAAAAACUGUACGGGAUCAUUAUCUUCAAACUGUAAGCUGGCAAAGCAUAACAUGUAUUUAG